ACGGCACUUUCCGAUACUUGCAACGCUGGGGAAACUAGAAAAAACCAUAACAAGUGGUUCUUAAAGUCUUAUUAGGCGCCGAGUCAUAUCUCGGUAGACUCAACUCAAUUCAUUUUCUCCUACAAACUCAGCCAUGGCGUCUCUUCACACGACGAUAUGUCCUCAAAGACUCCUUUCUCUAUCAAAACCACGCAAACCCAUUUCGAGACAGGUCUCAGUUUCCUCAUUAACCACCUCAAAACUCCCGGAGAGCCUUAGUUUCUCGGGAACCAAACAGAAAAAGAAUACCAACAAAAAGGCCAAGUCGGUGGUGGUGAACUCAUUAGCUGAGGAGGUUGACGUGAUACCGGUACAAAGUGAGGAUGUUACUGAUAUGCAAGAAGGAGUUGUGGUGAGUCAGGUGGAGAGAGAAACAGAAGGAGGAGAGUUAGUGAGUCAAGUAGGUGGGUUUGGCAAUGAAGGAAGGUUAUCUUUUGAAGGAUUUUCUUCUUCAGGUUCAGCUUCAGGGAGUGGAUUUGGUGAUGGAGAAGGAAAUCAGGAGGAAAUGGAGAAGCUUAUAGAUAGAACUAUUAAUGCUACUAUUGCUCUUGCUGCUGGUACUUUUGCCAUUACCAAGUUGCUUACCAUUGAUCAUGAUUAUUGGCAGGGAUGGACUCUUUAUGAGAUACUGAGAUAUGCACCUCAGCACAACUGGAGUGCUUAUGAGGAAGCUUUGAAGACAAACCCCGUAUUGGCAAAAAUGCUUAUUAGUGGCGUUGUCUAUUCUCUAGGGGAUUGGAUUGCGCAGUGCUUUGAAGGGAAGCCUCUCUUUGAGUUUGAUCGUACACGAAUGUUCAGAUCUGGCAUUGUUGGCUUUACUCUACAUGGUUCCCUGUCUCAUUACUAUUACCAAUUCUGUGAGGAGCUUUUUCCUUUUCAAGACUGGUGGGUGGUUCCUGCAAAAGUAGCAUUUGACCAAACUGUAUGGGCAGCAGUUUGGAAUAGCAUUUACUUUACAGUUUUGGAAUUUUUGCGCCUUGAAUCUCCAAUCAGUAUUUUUAAUGAAUUGAAGGAAACAUUCUGGCCUAUGCUGACUGCUGGAUGGAAGCUUUGGCCAUUUGCUCAUCUUGUCACUUAUGGUGUUAUCCCAGUAGAACAAAGGCUACUUUGGGUGGACUGUGUAGAACUUAUUUGGGUGACGAUUCUCUCAACUUAUUCGAAUGAAAAAUCGGAAGCAAGGAUAUCUGAGGCAGUGCCAGCAGAAGCAGAUUCAAGUUUGCCUCCGGUUUGUCCAUCUGAGGAGUAAAUAAUGAGAUAAGCUGAGAUUUAAUAGGAGGAUGAUUUCUGGAAUUGACACAUGAGAGCAGAACCCAAUUCUGAGGUGCUUAAUCACUUGCCAAGAGGACUGGUGAAAUGAGGCUCGACAGGCUAGUCAUCGUGCGUAUUGCACAAAAAGGGAAAUUGCAGGCAUAUCAGCGUAUGCUAUGUAAUACCAUCUUCUUUUGAUUGUAUGCAUGAAACUACUUAUACCUUUCGAGAUAGCACGACCACAACUGUGAAAGUAUCAAGGUAUAGUGCUAGAAAAUUUCUAUACGACAUAGAAAUUUUCAUGUAUAAAAAGCAUUUCUCCCAUUAUAAAUAAUUGUUUUCCAUUGAUAAAUCCAAAUAAAUUUCCUUCACCAGAAAUUCUGAAACGUCGCUAGGGAAACAACUGACGCUGGCCACCACAUGUAAAUUCUGGUCCCUGUGAUUUUUUUCAGUUUUUGUUGUUGGACUCACUCUGUCACGGCAAUGUUCCAAUCCUUUGAAAAAGAGUCUGUGAGUUAAGGAAUUGUCAUAUUCGGAUCUGUAAUGGAAGCAUUUGCGAUAGCUAGUCGCGCUUUGAACUCUUUCUCCUGGUCAACAAGCCUUGACAAUGGAGUUCCGAUUCCAUUAACAAUAUGAGAACAGGUGGACUGGAUGGAGGGAAAUGACUCCGGGA